ACCUUUGUAACGAUACAUCGGAAAAGAGGAAGAGGAAGCUUUAUGGGUGAACACCAGCUUCCGGAGAAAUUUGUUUUUGAAAUUGUUGAAGCUUAGGCGAGAGACUGACAGUUAUUUCAUCUGUGUCAGAGAUCGCUGAGGAUUACAGCCAUGUCCACGCUGUUCCCAUCGCUCCUGCCCCGGAUAACGGAGUCCCUGUGGUUCAACCUGGACCGGCCCUGUGUGGACGAGACCGAGCUGCACCAGCAGGAGCAGCAGCACCAAACCUGGUUGCAGAGUAUUGCUGAGAAGGACAACAACUUGAUGCCCAUCGGGAAACCGAUUUUUGAGGUAUUAAAUACAGGAUAUGAGGAGGAGGACGAAGAGGAUGAUGAGGAUGAAGAGGACAGUGAGGAAGACUCAGAAGACGAAGAAGACAUGCAGGACAUGGAUGAGAUGAAUGACUAUAAUGAGUCGCCUGAUGAUGGCGAGAUUAAUGAGGUGGACAUGGAGGGGCCAGACCAAGACCAAGACCAGUGGAUGAUCUAAAACCAUAGACAAUUUUACUCUCUGCCUGGCAGUGGAUUUUCACUUUCCACUCAAAACAUGAUUGCUGCUCCUUUAGACUAUGACACAGAUGUUUUUUAUUUAUGUAAAAAUGAAAUAAUGGAGUUAAAACAAAAAAAAUUAUGAUCUCCUUUAGAGGGAGAUUUUGGUAAAUCCUGCAUCAGUGCAUCAUCACCUUUAAAGCUGCUAUUCACUGUAAGGCUCUUUGCACAUUUUAUGUCUUUGCCUUCUUCUUCUGCUGUUGUUUCCAGUUGGGUACACACCUGCAUAUUGGCAGCAGUAUCCAUCUAAAAGUGAUGUUUUCUGUUUUAAUCAUAUCUACAAAGAGUCUGCAACCCACUGACUGAGCACAGGCAGUUCUGUCAACUAAGUAAUCUGUUACCUUUGAAGGAGAGAUACCCUCUAGUCCAGUUUUGUUUUGCAAAGCUUGUGAGCCAGUAUAAGGUUAAGACAGUGUUUAUGUUUUUACUGUCAAAUGUAUAAACUUGGUAACAUAGAGGAAUUUGAAUGUGAACACACUUGUCCUUUCAAACUAUCUCACCAGUUGCUAAUGGGGGUUUUCAUAUUAUUUGUUGUAAAAUGAAAACAUGCCCUGACAGUUUGUAUUAAAAUAAAUUAUUUUGAUGAAA